AUGCUGGAAGAAUCAAAGAAAUGCAUGAGGUUGUGUUUCGUACAUCCACAACUACGUUGUUUCACAUAUUUACAAGUGAAAGGAAAAGAUGAAGUUGGCGCAACAAUGGAUUUUAUGGAUCUUGAAAGAGAGCGAGGAAUUACCAUUCAAUCAGCAGCAACAUACGUUGAUUGGAAUGGCGUGAAUAUCAAUAUCAUUGAUACUCCAGGUCACGUUGAUUUCACGGUGGAAGUGGAACGGGCACUGCGUGUACUUGAUGGUGCAGUGCUGGUACUCUGUGGAGUUGGUGGUGUGCAAAGCCAAACGUUCACAGUGAACCGGCAACUUGCUCGUUACAAUGUGCCUUUCAUCACAUUUAUUAACAAACUGGAUCGGACCGGUGCCGAUCCGCUGAAGUAUUUAUUACACUUAAAUUUCUAG